AUGGCCAAGUGGCUGCGGGAUUACCUGAGCUUCGGCGGUCGGCGGCCCCCUCCGCAGCCGCCCACCCCCGACUACUCGGAGAGUGACAUCCUGAGAGCCUACCGCGCGCAGAAGAAUCUAGACUUCGAGGACCCCUAUGAGGACGCCGACAGCCGCCUGGAGCCGGACCCCGCCGACCCCGGGGAUCCCAAGGGCCUCGGAGACACCAAGUACGACUCUCCCAAGCGCCGGCUCAUCAAGGUGGAGGCAGCGGAGAUGGCCAAGGUCAAGGCCUUGCUGGGCAGUCCCGGGGAGGAGCUGGAAGCUGACCCUGAGUAUUCAGACCCCUUUGAUGUCCAGCCUCAUCUACCACCCCCAGAUGAUGGUUACAUGGAGCCCUUUGAUGCCCAACGAGUUAUAAGUGAACUGCCCAGCAGGGGGGUGCAGCUGUAUGACACGCCCUAUGAGGAGCAUGACCAAGAGCCAGGGGAUGAGCCCCCUUCCAAGGUACAGAAGCCUAGACAGAGCCGUCUGCCCCAAGAAGACGAGCGGCCAGCUGAUGAGUAUGACCAACCUUGGGAAUGGAAGAAAGACCACAUAUCCAGGGCAUUUGCAGUGCAGUUUGACAGUCCUGAAUGGGAAAGGGCCCAGGGUUUGGCCAAGGAGCUCCGGAGACCCCCGCCCAGGAGCCCCCAGCCUGCAGAGCGUGUGGAUCCGGCUCUGCCCCUGGAGAAACAACCGUGGUUUCAUGGCCCCCUGAACCGGGCGGACGCUGAGAAUCUGCUGUCUCUUUGCAAGGAAGGUAGCUACCUCGUGCGCCUCAGCGAGACCAGUCCCCAAGACUGCUCCCUGUCCCUCAGGAGCAGCCAGGGUUUCCUGCAUCUGAAGUUUGCUCGGACCCGGGAGAACCAGGUGGUACUGGGUCAGCACAGUGGCCCCUUCCCUAGUGUGCCUGAGCUGGUCCUCCACUAUAGCUCCCGCCCACUGCCCGUGCAGGGCGCUGAACACCUGGCCCUGCUCUACCCGGUCACCAUGCAGACCCCCUGA